AUGGCAAAGUCUUCCAAACGACGUGGUAGCAACAAGACGAACGAGCACAACAAGAGGAAGCAGCAACGACACGCUCAUCAACGCCUUCAAGCACUGCUUCGAAGAUCGCAAGCCAGCAGUGCGGGCAAUGAAUUGAUAUCUUUGAUAUAUGAAAACCCGUCUCUGGCAUGUCGCAGUGUUGACGGCGUGACUCCAUUGAAAGUGCUGCUGGAAUCCGGGGUCAAGUUGGACGUCAUACAAGAGUUUUGCAAAAGGUUCCCACGCUCCGUGGAAACCCCCUCUCACGUCGACAUCAUGGAGGAGCUUCCUCUGGAGACUGCAUGCUACCAACACUACAAGACCGCGCGAGGAGUCAUUCCCUUUCUCGUCGUCCAGCUAAAAGUCAAUGAUCUAGAAGGUAACAGCGUCUGGGGAGAACGACUCCUCACCGCGUUGAACCGCAUACUAGUGUUUUGCAAUGCUGCCACCCACACUGCAAAGCGACUGGAAGAUAUCGAAGCACUGCUUCAGGCGGUCAGUCGCACAGGGAUACUAGCGUCGCAGCGUGAAGCGCAAGGGCGACUCUUGACUUGGGCGUUUCAGUGCUCCGAUUGUACCUACGGCGAUCUACUUGAUCUCGUACUGCCGUACUGUGCCAACGUCACACACAUAUCUAUUUCCUAUGAAAACUACACCACAGUACGGCGACAACAAGAUCUUUCGGCCUCACUGGCCAAGCUAGUGCCUCAACUGACACACUUGGAUCUGCACGUUUGCUGGCAGGUUCGAGACCAGCAUGCGUGGAGGCACUUCCUAGUUCAGGCAUUGGCACAAGAUGCCAAACAUCUGCAAUCACUUCAACUCAAGUUUUGGAAAGAACCAAACAAUGACAACGCAUUGCCAGAACCUCUGCCAGGAUGGAUAUUCAAAGCCCUCGUGGACUGCUUUGUUUCAUCGUCGGCGUUUCCAAAUCUUCAAGAGUUGGUACUGGAGACACGACCGGGAAUUUUGGCAAAAGACCACGGAGUGGCGGAAGAUCUCACAAUGUCAUUGGCCACCCUCCUUGGAAAGAACAAUCUGCGACAAUUGACAGUCAUUCACUUCUGUCCACGGUAUCAACCUCUCUUUGAUGCCUUACAAACCAACAGUAGUCUUCAGCGUUUUGAGGUUCCUUUCUGCACCAAUGCCAAACCAAAACUCCAGGCCUUGUACGACACCAUUAUUCGACACAACAACACGACCUUGUUACACGUCAACGGGCUGCCGGAGGACCAUUUAUCGGAAUUGAUUCGCCAUCGUUGCAAUUUGAACCGAAAGGGUCUUGGAAGGGCCCAAAACCCGGAUACACCUAUAACAACACUUCUGGACAUUGUUGCAGACGCUAUGGACGACAAUUGGGGAUAUCGAAUCAGUGGUGACACCAGCGCUGGCUUUGCGUUUGCGAUGCUCCGCGGAUGCCCCAGCAUUUGGUGUGGAGUGAAGAGACCGAAGGUCUUACAAAAAUGA